AAAAGGAGCAGGAAAAGACUGCACAGCUUCUACAUCAUGCAAAAGCUGCAAGUCUAUGUGUCCAUCUACCUGUUCAUGCUGAUCGUCGCCGGCCCCGUGGACCUGAGUGAGAACGGCGAGCAGAAAGGCGAUGCGGAGAAAGAGGGGCCGUGCAACGCGUGCGCCUGGAGGCAGAACACGAAGUCGUCCCGGAUAGAAGCCAUAAAGAUCCAGAUCCUCAGCAAGCUGCGCCUGGAAACGGCGCCCAACAUCAGCAAGGAAGCCGUCCGGCAGCUCCUGCCCCGGGCCCCGCCGCUGCGGGAGCUCAUCGACCAGGACGACGUGCAGCGGGACGGCGGCAGCGAGGGCUCCCUGGAGGAGGACGACUACCACGCCACCACGGAGACGGUCAUCGCCAUGCCCACAGCACCUGAUCUUCUGACGCAAGUGGAAGGAAAACCCAAAUGCUGCUUCUUUAAGUUCAGCUCUAAAAUACAAUUCAAUAAGGUGGUCAAGGCCCAGCUGUGGAUCUAUCUGAGACCCGUCAAGACGCCCACGACGGUGUUUGUGCAAAUCCUGAGGCUCGUCAAGCCCAUGAAAGACGGGACGAGGUACACGGGAAUCCGAUCCCUGAAACUCGACAUGAGCCCAGGCGCUGGCAUUUGGCAGAGCAUCGAUGUGAAGACCGUGUUGCAAAACUGGCUCAAACAACCCGAAUCCAACUUGGGCAUUGAAAUCAAAGCUUUAGAUGAGAAUGGUCGUGAUCUUGCGGUGACCUUCCCGGGACCGGGAGAGGAUGGGCUGAAUCCCUUUCUGGAAGUCAAGGUAACAGACACACCAAAAAGAUCCAGAAGAGAUUUUGGCCUUGACUGUGACGAGCACUCAACAGAGUCGCGGUGCUGCCGUUACCCUCUAACUGUGGAUUUCGAAGCUUUCGGAUGGGAUUGGAUUAUUGCCCCCAAAAGAUAUAAGGCCAAUUAUUGCUCUGGAGAGUGUGAAUUUGUAUUUUUACAAAAAUAUCCUCAUACUCAUCUGGUACACCAAGCGAACCCCAGAGGCUCAGCAGGCCCCUGCUGUACUCCCACAAAGAUGUCUCCCAUUAAUAUGCUGUAUUUUAAUGGCAAAGAACAAAUAAUAUAUGGGAAAAUUCCGGCCAUGGUAGUAGAUCGCUGUGGGUGCUCAUGAGAUUGAUAUUUGGUUCGUACCUUUCUAAAACAUGGAAGGCCUUCCCCUCAGCAAUUUUGAAACUGUGAAAUCAUGUGCCACAGGCUCUACGCCUACAGUAUGCGACAGUCACAUAAGCACACACCGCAGGACACGAACUAAAAGCGAGAAUAUAUGCAAUGAUUGGCAUUUAACCAUCGAAAUAAAUCGCACACUAGAAGCUCUAUGAUUCCCAGAGUUUUGAACUAGGAGGUAAAUUACACUUACGUUCGUAUAUACAGCAC